AUGCUGCCCAAAGUUGAUUGGUGGCCGAUCAAGGACAAUGUGAUACCUUCGGAACUUCGUUCUCAUCCUCUUUUCAUCAACGCCACUUUCGAGGCUCUAUAUCCUAAGCUUGUCGACGCGUCGGCAAGCCUCGACUUUUGCAAUGCAGCUGCAUCUCGUACAGAGAAUAUUACUGCAGCUUUGAUAGCUUUGUGCCCCUUUGGAGGAUUGCCAGAUAUUCUGGACAGCUUCCAAGAGCUGUUGAAUAUUGACUCGGAUCGAGGAUUUGCCACAAACAUCACCGUCACAGCACCGCAUCAUGUCAGAGAUGUCUCGGUGGGCUGGAAGCUCGGACAGGGCCAGCACGGCGAGAGCGCUGUGGCCUACGCAACUACAGCCUCCGACUUUGUCGUCAAGGAGCUCCGGGAACAGGGAAGAGGUAUCAAGCCACAUGUCCAAGUGCGCAUGAAGACGCAAGCGGUGUCCACUUCCUACCGCAUGACCGAGGCGCCUGAUGGAGAUCACGGAACCCAGACGGUCUUGACAACCUCUGGCAGGCCAUGGCGGCAGCCGGCAGUUGCUGUCCAAUGUGCCCCGGUGCGGGAGGACGCGGGCCGCAAAGUGGUGCAGUUCGGAGCUGGACCGUACAAAGCAGCGUUGGACUUGACUGCAGACGUGGAAAGGCUGACACAGGCCCACCAGGAUGGUGAGGAUUUACAUUUCAUUGACUUGACUUCCUCGGCCCUUGGACCAGUUUCGGCAUCCGUGCUACACAGGACAGGAAACUCGCAGAGGCUUUGCAUAGCCAUUGCGAGAUGGGUCGACUCCGACGUUUCGAGCUUUGUUUCUUCCGGUGACCCUCCUUCGACAAUGGUACCUGUCCAGCCAGGAGCGUCGCCGGAAGGGCUCUUCCUUGACAAAAAUGAAGUUCUCCAGAUGUCCACCGAUUGGACUCGGCUGUUGAGGAAUCCGGUGUUCACCCCGACGUCAGACCUACAGAGGAACCGGACUACGACAGCUUUCGACGAGUUUUAUAAGAUCUGCUCAAAGAGUGUGGAUAGUUCUUCGAGGUGCCUGGCCAUUGGAAUGUCCCUAUAUCUCACAGAUGCUCUGGCACGCUUACAGUAUUCUUGGGAUACAUUCCGAUGUGAUCUCGAUCCCUUGGCGCUUUCUGGCGGUCAAAAGACUUCCUGCAUGCAACAUCGAGCUUCUACUGAGGAAGUGCCCGUCACUGUUCAUCUGGGCAUGGAAGAGUUCCUACGCGUGACGGGUGUGUCGUCGUCCUACUUCCAGAGGAAAUCCGCAUAUGGCCUGCAAGGCUUCUCCGUCUCCAUGGCAUUUGCUCUGCUCAUCUUCCACGUCGUCGUGAUACUGGCGCACUGGAUGGAGCACUUUGUCCGCAAAAGGACCUACAGGACGCGUGGCUGGGCCGACGUGGGCGAGCUGGUGGCAUUGGCGAUGCGUGCAGAUCAUUUCGACGUCUUGGCGCCUGGGCAGUCCAUGCUUGCCGAUGGCGAGACUUGGAGGCUCCGGACGUUUGUGCGGGAGAAGAAAAGCACGGGGAGUGCAGAUAUCAUGCUCAAACCCAAGACGACAAGGCUUAGAUCUGCGGCACCGAACAAGAUACCUCCAGUAUCUAUAUGGCGAGAGUCAACAAUUUGCUCGGAGCGCAAGGCUUCUUCGUGUGAAUCCCUUGCUGAGGCAAAACAUAAGGAAAUGGACAUUUGCUAG